AUGGGUGGAAACGACAUCUGCUUCUACCCCUACGGCAACUUCCUCGGCAUCAACCUGACUUAUGAGGAAUGCUGCGGCGACCCCCUGUCGGGAGUUGACUGCUUCGGGGCCCUCGGCGGCUUCUUCUCCUGGGACUUCUGCUGCGAGACGCCACUGGAAGACCCCUGCGACUGGGAUCACAUCUUGGCCUCGGUGGCCGCGUCCUCCGACCAGGUCGGCACCGCCAUCCUGGAUGCGCUGCACGACUCCCCAGUGCUGCUGCGCGAGUUUUGCUGCGUGGUCCCGGGCGAUGCAGCCUAUGCCUGCUGGCGCUACUUCGAGCUGGAUCCUAGCGAGCCGGUGCACAACCCCUUCGUCCAAUGCUGCCAGCCUGUCUUGCGGCGGCUGCUGGCUCAGGACACCGAGGAAGCGUGGAUGCAAGUGGAGCUGGACCGGGAGUUUGCCCCGCUCGAGAACAGGCGCUGGACCACCAAGGAGCUGCAGGAGUUUCAGGACGCGCAGCCCGAUGGCCUCCGGCCCUGCCUGCUCUCCGUGCGAGGCGGGCACGAGAUCACCCUGAACGACCGCCAGGAAUGCUGCCCCGCACCGAUCUUCGACUGCUCCUACGUCCUUGCCUUGGUGAGCGCGCUGUCCAUCGUGGGAAGGCUGCGGCCCUUGCCCGACGUGGAUCUCCUCGUGAGUCCAACCAACACGAAUCGCGCCAACGCCUCGGUGCCCGUUUUCGCCCGGCAUCGGCCCAGGGAGCCGAGGAGCCACUAUGUUCUGCUGCCAAUGGAGUGGCAGCUCUCCCCUGGCCAGGCCCGCAAGCAGACCAUCGCGGUGCAGCGACACGGCGCGGAGCGGCCCUGGGAGGAGCGCCCGAGGAAACUCUUCUGGCGCGGCACGAACUCCAACUGCCUCAUGGGGUGCGAGCCGAGCCGCGUCAGCGACGGCCUGCAGGCUUGGGGCGACUGCUUGGAGUCCUUCGACUGCUGGACGCCCUGGUCCGCGUCGAACUGGCUGUCGAUGCCCCGGGGCCGUUUGCUCCGGCUCUCGCAGCUUUUUCCAGAGAUCAUCAACGCGCGGUUGUCUGGGAAGUCGCAGCUCAUGGACGAUGAGCUCUGGGACUACUGCGUGGAAUCCGACCUCACCGACGGGUUUUCGAGCCAGCUGGCUCAGGCCGAGCAUGCCUUUGCAAUCAACAUCGACGGGACCGGAAGCGGCGACCGCGUCUAUUGGCAGAUGCUUGCGGGCUGCGUUGUUCUGGUUCAAGACAGCCCAUGGGUCUCCUGGCUGGUGGGCGAGGUUGGAGGGCCCGCUGCCCUGGUACCGACCGAGCACUACAUACCCAUCCGCUAUGACUUAGUGGACCUGGUGGACAAGCUGAAGUACCUGUACGAGCAUGAGGAUGUGGCCAGGAUGCUCGCGGAAGCGAGCGAGCGCUGGGCCAGAAAGUUCUUGAGCUACGACUGGGUGCUCUUCUACCUGGACCGGGUCAUCCGCAGGUACGUCGGACAUUUGGACACCUCGGCGCUCCUGGACCUUGCAGCCUCCUGA